UCAUUAAUGAUCAGCCUUGCACUGGGAGCUUUUUUAGCCAGGCAUUCACAGUCUCAUUUAUCAGCCUUUUCAAGGCAGAAGAAACUGUUCUUUUCAUUAGGGUGGGGCCAAGUGACCUGUUUUCCUACCCAAGUGGUGAAUGAUUUUAAACCAGUUUGAGCUUCCUUCAAAAUGUCCACUGUUCACGAAAUCCUGUGCAAGCUCAGCUUGGAGGGUGAUCACUCUACACCCCCAAGUGCAUAUGGGUCAGUCAAAGCCUACACUAACUUUGAUGCUGAGCGGGAUGCUUUGAACAUUGAAACAGCCAUCAAGACCAAAGGUGUGGAUGAGGUCACCAUUGUCAACAUUUUGACCAACCGCAGCAAUGCACAGAGACAGGAUAUUGCCUUCGCCUACCAGAGAAGGACCAAAAAGGAACUUGCAUCAGCACUGAAGUCAGCCUUAUCUGGCCACCUGGAGACGGUGAUUUUGGGCCUAUUGAAGACACCUGCUCAGUAUGACGCUUCUGAGCUAAAAGCUUCCAUGAAGGGGCUGGGAACCGACGAGGACUCUCUCAUUGAGAUCAUCUGCUCCAGAACCAACCAGGAGCUGCAGGAAAUUAACAGAGUCUACAAGGAAAUGUACAAGACUGAUCUGGAGAAGGACAUUAUUUCGGACACAUCUGGUGACUUCCGCAAGCUGAUGGUUGCCCUGGCAAAGGGUAGAAGAGCAGAGGAUGGCUCUGUCAUUGAUUAUGAACUGAUUGACCAAGAUGCCCGGGAUCUCUAUGACGCUGGAGUGAAGAGGAAAGGAACUGAUGUUCCCAAGUGGAUCAGCAUCAUGACCGAGCGGAGUGUGCCCCACCUGCAGAAAGUAUUUGAUAGGUACAAGAGUUACAGCCCUUAUGACAUGCUGGAGAGCAUCAGGAAAGAGGUUAAAGGAGACCUGGAAAACGCUUUCCUGAACCUGGUCCAGUGCAUUCAGAACAAGCCCCUGUAUUUUGCUGAUCGGCUGUACGACUCUAUGAAGGGCAAGGGGACUCGAGAUAAGGUCCUGAUCAGAAUCAUGGUCUCCCGCAGUGAAGUGGACAUGUUGAAAAUUAGGUCUGAAUUCAAGAGAAAGUACGGCAAGUCCCUGUACUAUUACAUCCAGCAAGACACUAAGGGCGACUACCAGAAAGCGCUGCUGUACCUGUGUGGUGGAGACGACUGAAGCCCGACACGGCCUGAGCGUCCAGAAAUGGUGCUCGCCAUGCUUCCAGCUAACAGGUCUAGAAAACCAGCUUGCGAAUAACAGUCCCUGUGGCCGUCCCUGUGAGGGUGACGUUAGCAUUGCCCCCAACCUCAUUUUAGUUGCCUAAGCAUUGCCUGGCCUUCCUGUCUAGUCUCUCCUGUAAGCCAAAGAAAUGAACAUUCCAAGGAGUUGGAAGUGAAGUCUAUGAUGUGAAACACUUUGCCUCCUGUGUAUUGUGUCAUAAACAGAUGAAUAAACUGAAUUUGUACUUUAGAAA